GUAAAACAAGGGUUGAAGAAAAAUAAUAAAAGUUUACUAAGAGGUUCAACCACCACCCAACUUUUCUUCUUAUUUUCAGAGUCUCGGGGGGCAAUGUUUUUAAUGUAACAAUGAAUUCAUUGAUCUGUUACCAGUAAUUACGUGUCUAGAUCCUCAGCCUCUUUAUUUAUCUAUCUUCCUAUUCUCUCCCACCAAAUUUUGAGAAAAAAAAGAAGCCAUUCUCACACGCUUUCCUCAAAUAAUCCUCUAGUCAAAAACUCAAUCUCAUUGGUCUUUUUCUUUUUCAUUAGCCAUAGCCAUUUGGAAAUAAUCAAAAUCCAAGAACAAAGGAGAACAAGCUCAAGAUUUUAGUGGCAUUGGCACUUUGGGUGCCUCGCCAUUGUAAAAACACAGGCUAACGACAAUCUUAAAAUUAAACUCAUGGCCGCGUUUAAAGAAAAUGCUAGAUCAAGCCUUAUACUAGCAGGGAAAGUGUUAAAUGAAGCCAUCAGUUUCCUUGUUUUCACUGUUCUCGACAUUCUUGAUUUCCUUCUCUGUUACACAUACAAAGUCAUUGAUUUCAUUAUUGAAGCAGAGUGGAAGCCUUGUUAUUGUUCUUCAACAAAAGAAGCUAUAACGAGCAGUGGUACAAUCUUGGUGUCUGAACAAGGAGAAUCAAAGAUUGUGUGCCUGACUUCUUCUAGCAAGCUGCAUCUUGAAGAAAUUUCAGACACUCUUUACACUCGGCCUUCGUUAGUAUCCGAAGUGUCGAAAUCUACAGUGAAUGAGCUAAAGCGACGUAAAUUGGACAAUGCUGCUGUUAUACAACAGUCUUGUGAGAGGUUGAAAAAUGGAAGUGUACGUUCAACUUUCACUGUUAAUUCCACCAUUGUGGAAAUGCUUCAAGGCAAAAUUGGUGGGCAGAAAUCUCAUGAUCUUAAUCCUAGAUGGUCGGAUUGUGAUUGUAAAACUUGUAAUUCUUGGUCAUCUUCUAGCAAAGAUUCACUUUUUGUCCGAGUUGAUGGUUCCAAAGAGAACGUGCAAGAGGAUGUAAUCUUCAUUCAUGGGUUCAUAUCAUCAUCGGCAUUUUGGACAGAGACACUAUUUCCAAACUUUUCAAAGGCAGCAAAAUCAAAGUAUAGGUUAUUUGCAGUGGAUUUGCUAGGAUUUGGAAGAAGUCCAAAGCCAAAUGAUUCACUUUACACCAUAAGAGAACAUCUAGACAUGAUUGAGAAAUCAGUUUUAGAGCCAUACAAAGUGAAAUCUUUCCACAUUGUGGCACAUUCCUUGGGGUGUAUUUUGGCUCUAGCAUUAGCUGUAAAGUAUCCUGGCUCAGUCAAAUCCCUCACUUUAAUUGCACCGCCAUAUUUUCCAGCACCAAAGGGAGAACAAGCUACGCAAUAUAUGAUGAGAAGAGUAGCGCCAAGGCGAGUAUGGCCACCGAUUGCCUUUGGUUCGUCUAUAGCAUGUUGGUAUGAACACGUAAGCAGAACCAUUUGCCUUGUCAUCUGCAAAAAUCAUCGUCUGUGGGAGUUUCUCACCAAACUUAUUACCAGAAACAGGAUUAAGACAUAUUUAAUAGAGGGGUUCUGCUGCCACACACACAACGCAGCAUGGCAUACACUACACAACAUAAUAUGUGGAACUGCUGGAAAAAUAGAAGGAUACUUAGACAUCGUGAGGAACAGGCUAAAAUGCGAAGUCACUGUAUUCCACGGCGAAGACGACGAGCUAAUUCCGGUGGAAUGCAGCUACAAUGUACAGUCAAGAAUUCCUCGUGCUCAUGUUAAGGUGGUCGAGAAGAAAGAUCACAUCACCAUUGUUGUCGGCAGACAAAGAUCUUUUGCCAGAGAACUUGAGGAAAUUUGGAGAAAUUCAACAGGCUAAGUUUAAUUCUCAACUUGUUUGAUGACACGAAGAAGUUCAAGAAUUAAUGUGCAUUCCCCACCAUCAUUUUUAUCACCAAAAGUAAAAAAGUUCUAUCCUAUUUCAAAUAUUUGGACAAAAUGAAAGUCUGAUUGGGCUAGUUUACUUUUUCUUUUCUUUUUUAUUUUUUAUUUUAAUUUCUUUGAAUUUGUAUGUGGAAAUGCAAGCUGAAUGUUUAGAUAGUCUAGUAUAAAUAUCACCAAAAAAUGAUAAUGGGAUGUGAUAAUCAACGAUUAUAUUAAGAGCAAUGAAUAGUCGAAAGUUUUAUAUUUA